AUGCCUGCAAAAAAUGCUUUUCCUGAGACAAAUGCUGAAGCCUGUGGCGCUAGCCAUGAAACUUACGUUAUAAAUGGUACAUCAAUAUUAGGCAAAUAUUCUCGAGCAGCUGUCGCUGUUGAUAAUGUUGAAUGUUCAAAAAUUGGACGCCAAAUAUUAGAAAAAAAUGGUACAACUAUGGAUGCUGCUUUAGCUGCAGCUAUUUGUAAUGGUGUUAUGAGUGGACAUUCAAUGGGUAUUGGUGGUGGAUGUACUAUCUUAAUUUAUUCUAAGAAGAGAAAUAAAGCUUAUAGUCUUAUUGGAAGAGAACGAGCACCAUCAGCUGCAAAUGCAACGAUGUUCAUCGGUCGAGAAAAUAUGUCUAUGACUGGUGGUUUAGCUAUUGCCGUUCCAGGUGAACUACGAACUUAUAAAAAAGCUUAUGAUGAAUUUGGUGGAGGUGUUCCAUGGCGUGAUCUUUUUCAACCGACGAUUGAAUUAUGUCGGCACGGUUUUGUUGUUAGCCCAUCACAAGCUGCUGCUAUUAAACAAACAAGAUCUGAUAUUUUAAAUGAUCCUACGCUGAGAGAGCUUUUUGUAAAAAAUAAUAAAACAAAUGAAUUAUAUACAGCAGGAGAUAUUAUGAAACGACCUAAAUAUGCUGCAACACUUGAAAUCAUUGCUGAACAAGGUGUUGAGGCUUUUUAUACAGGUGUAUUAGCUGAUAAAAUUGUUAAAGAAAUUCAAGAUCAUGGUGGUAUUAUUACAAAACAAGAUCUUGCUGAUUAUCAGGUCGAUUUCGAUGAAGCAUUACGUGUUAAUCUUAAUGAUUCAUUAACUGCAUUUACAACAAAGGCACCAUCAAGUGGGCCGAUACUUAUUUUUAUUUUAAAUAUUCUUCGAGGAUAUAAUAUACUCGAAAGGGAUCUAAAAAAAACAUCAACUUCGGCAUUAUUUUAUCAUCGUCUUAUUGAAGCAUUUAAAUUUGCUUAUGCUAAACGAAGUGAACUUGGUGAUCCAUCAAAAAUAAAUGUCACCGGUCUUAUUCGUAAUUUAACAUCCAAAGACUAUGCUGAUAGUAUACGAGCACGCAUUGAUGAUCAUAAAACAUUCGGUUUUGAAUAUUAUGGAGGAACAUGGCUUGAUAAGCUCAAAACAGGUACAGCUCAUUUAUCUGUUGUCGGACUUGAUGGUGAUGCUGUUGCAUUGACAUCAACUGUUAAUCUCUAUUAUGGUUCAAAAGUUCUUGGCCCUGAAACAGGCAUUAUUUACAAUGAUGAAAUGGAUGACUUUUCAACUCCAAAUACAAUAAAUUAUUUUGGUGUUCCAGCUAGUCCAGCUAAUUUUAUAGCACCUGGAAAACGACCUGUUUCAUCGAUGUCACCAUUAAUUCUAUUAGAAAAUGGUAAUCAACGUGUACAACAAGUUUUAGGUGCUAGUGGUGGUACUAAAAUAACCACAAGUGUUGCUCAAGUUGCAAUGCUUAAUUUAUGGUUUAAUGAAAAUAUAAAGGAAGCUAUUGAUGCGCCAAGACUUCAUUCACAACUAUUACCACAAGAAGUUGUGGCCGAACACGGUUUUGAUUAUAAUAUCUUACAACAACUUAAACGACGUGGUCAUAAUAUAACAUGCAGUGCAUAUGGUGGUUCUGUUAUACAAGGUAUUGAAUGGCGUGAUGAGGUUAAUCAAUAUUGGGCCAACUGUGAUAUACGUAAAGGUGGUGCACCGGAUGGAAUUUCUUAA